CCCCUGCCCUACCUACAGCCAUCAUUUUACAAUCAUAGCAUAGCCACAUUUGUCCUCUUUCAUCCAGUGUUAUUGUUAUUGUGACGGAUAUUACCGUUCUCUCAUAAAUAUCACCAAAGUGCAGCCUCCUCCCAAUCCAACUCUUUCAUCGAGAACUAUUAAAGCUGUUAAAACGGCUCCCAAAUUUGGUCUGCAAAUCAGAGUCGUAGGUUGUCUUUACACUGUCACCGUGUCCAGAUAAUAAACUCUACAGAUGUUUUUUUCAGACUGGAUGAUCAACCCCAGAGGUAUAAAAUACCAUGUUAUACCCGGUGAAAUGCUGUGCUAUGCUGCAGUUAAUAUACCAAGCUAUCCUCAACCUACAAGAGCUACACACCAGCACUCUCAUUCCCAAUAGGGACCAAAGUGGAAAAUUCGAGUGGUUUGACUAACUGUUCAUAACUAUAAUAUUUAACAUUUAGAGAGGACCGUCGGUAUAACUGGUGAGAUGAACAUUUGUUAAGAUGAAGAACAGAGAUUCCUAGUUUUAUUAGUCGGUAACUUCAGAGGCUUUUGACCUAAACAUGCCACCACACAAUGCAUCUGUGCUAAUAAGAGCUGUUUGUUUGUGUUAUCCCUGUGAUAGACUGGUGACCUGUGCAAGUGGACCCUUCUUGCCCCGUGGCAGCUGGGAUGGACCCUGAAUUGGAUAAGCAGUUAUGAAAAUGAAAUGAUGGCUUCAUCACAGUUUAUCCUUUAGCUGUUUCUGUCGGCAAUCACAUCAUCAGUUAGGGUGACCAUAUUUUGAUUUCCAAAAAAGAGGACACUUGGCCCAGUCAUGAAGAACUUUAACAAUACUGUUUGCUUAAAGAAACAUAUUUAAUAUGUUUAAACAAUGCCUACUCUUUUCUUUUCCAUAAUCUUCUCUUCCCAUGUUUCUUGGGGGACUAUAAAAAUGUUGUCAUUCACAGAGCUGCAACAUUUUGUUAAACUUAUUGAUUUAAAGCUGAGAGCCUGCACUUCAGUCAUACAUAGACUGAUUGGGAUACACGGGUCAAAUGAAAAAAGUGCCCCCCUUCCUUCCAAAACAUAGAUAAUGAUUUGCUCUUGGGUAGAGAAAUACGAAAGCAAGAACUAUAUCUUUACCUUUUGUGCCUCACUUAACAUUUAUGAAAGCAGUGUCUAAGAAAACCUGCGGCAACAAGUGAAGAUUGGAAUGAUCAGAGAAAAGUGAUUUUGUGAGCUGGAAAGAUGUGACUUUGUCAGGGAUUAGACUUCGGCUCGGUUCGGGUCAACUCGGUUCUAAACCAGUCGACAAUCCGGAAGUGUAGUUUUGUGCAAUCAAAAGAAAAAUGCCAUCAACACACAUGGGAGGUAGUAGUCUGUGGAGUAAGUGAAGUCCCUGGCUGCAGGGACACGGAGAAGCGCUUCCCUCUGCAAAGUUUCACCGUGGAGCACAGACCGCCAGCAGUCUGCCCCCUGCUGCGGAGCAGACACUGUAGCCGGCUAACAUAGGCAGCUGCUGGCGCUGGAUACGGGAACGAAGCCGGGAAGAUGACGGUACAGGAGGCGGAUAAGGUGCAGAAGGUGAUACUGGGGCCUCUGUGAACCCACUCAGAAAUGUGCUGCUAAUGUCACACCGUACAAAUUAGAGGGGCUCGAAAAGCUAACGUCAGCUAGCUAGCCAGCUAGCCGGUUAGUGCUGCAGCUCGAUGAGCCUCAGUUCAUUUGGAAAUGCAAGCCUCAUUUAGCGGACCAGCACGGGAUGAGAGAGGUGAGUGACCCUGGAUCCUGCCGCUGCAUCCUGUCGUUGACUGGGGCAGCUGUUCAGCUAAAACGCUAUCAUUUUGGCUAUUUGGCGUUAGCCGGCUUGCUAACAGCACGUCAGCGCAAGUGAAGUGGUUAGCCGGCCGUGAGGAUGAUCGGUAUGUGUGUGAUGCACAGAGACCGCUGUAGAGGGGACAGACACUGGGCACGGCCCUGCUGCAUUUAACACAUACCGUGUCCUGUGCUUGAACUCAGCUUCAGCGACACUUGGCAUAUGAAGCGAACAGUUCAGCGACACAGACAGCUGCUGUGUGCAGAGUGGACGAGUCAGCUGAAAGCAGAACAACAAGCUUGUAGUGUUGGCAAACUAAGAGGCGUCGGCUGCCCUCUCAGUCCUUCCCUGCCAGUCCCCAGUUCACAGGAAUCAUGUGAGCCGGACACCGGUAAGCCCGGUCCGUGUCCGGUACUUCAGUAGGUUCGUGCCGCAGGCUGCUCUCUGUCAUCCUACCAGUCAGCUCCACGUCGGCUGGCGGAGGGAGGAGGGGAUUCACCGAGACUUUCAGCUGGUACACUUUGUGACGGGAGCAACAGUUUCUUCUUCUGCUCGGCUCCUCUUGCCAGCUUAAAGCCCUGCAUGACUGAACAGGACCACGACUUCAGGAUGAUGGUGGAAGGAUAACAUUCAAGGAGUUGCACUCCCUCCACCCAAAGUGACCUGUCUUCUCCUUUUGUCCACUUUCACCUGCAGUCCGUUUUGCUAGCUGCAAGCUUGCUGACCUGACCUUAUGGGAUUUCAUAGACUGCAUGUAUUCCACAGUAACAUCAUGUAAAUUCCUUUUAAAUUAGACAUUCUUAUAGCAGACACCCCCCUGACUAAAGGACAGAAUGAAAUAAGUACAGAGUAGUGGCAUAUUAAGUCCCUGCACAUCCAAAAUAGUCACCUUGGUCUGUAGGAUUCAUACUGCUAUCGCUUGUUCCUUAUCAACCCCACCCCUUUUCUAGUGUUAUUGGGCCAUGGUUCGCAAGAAAAGCUCUUUUAUACUAUGCGGUGCUUUCCUGUUUGUCGCCUGGAAUGCUUUGCUUCUACUUUACCUUUGGGGUCGCCCUCCCAUGGGCCACCUAGGAGAAGGCGGUGGAACUGAACCAGGAGGAAAGGAGGAGUGGGGCAUGGUCAGAGGUAAAGGAGGUCGAGUUAACCUUGCUGGGGAGGUCAUCCGACUGGCCGAGGAGGUUGAAAUUCAACUUGACACCCAGAAAAAGCUAUUAAAGCAAAUUGAAAGUCACAGGGCAGUGUGGGCUCGGCAGAAGGAGAUUGGGAAGAAGCAAACUGAUAAUAUCAAAGAAGUAAAUCAGAUUGUUCACCAGCAGCAGAAUAAUCCAGUUCCUCUCAUAAAUGACGUGUAUGUUGGGGACCAAGUUGAAAUAAAGCACACACAGAGGUCUGUUGCUACAGUAGCUGCAGGCUCCAAUAUAGAACGGCAUCAGGCCACUGAUGUAAAGGAAGAGGUUGCUGAGGACAAAGUGACAGCUUCUGUUUCCGGUCCACAAGUCAUCAUUCCCAUUCUGGUUAUUGCCUGUGACAGAGUGACAGUAAAACGGAGUCUUGAUAAACUGAUACAGUACCGCCCUUCUCAAGAACUAUAUCCAAUCAUCGUCAGCCAAGACUGUGGCCAUGCUGAGACGGCUCGUGUGAUUGGCUCAUACGGAGAAAAAGUAACGCACAUAAGCCAACCAGACCUGUCGGACAUCAGAGUCCGGCCAGAACACAGGAAGUUCCAGGGGUACUACAAAAUCGCCCGACAUUACCGCUGGGCACUCAACCAAGUAUUCCACACAUUCUCGCAGUCUACUGUGGUCAUUGUGGAGGAUGACUUGGAGGUCGCACCUGACUUCUUUGAGUAUUUCCGAGCCCUGUACCCGAUCUUGCGUUCUGACCCAACCCUGUGGUGCGUUUCUGCCUGGAACGAUAAUGGCAGAGACGCCUUGGUGGAUUCGUCCAAAGCUGAUCUCCUCUACAGAACAGACUUCUUCCCUGGUCUGGGCUGGAUGCUGCUGAAAGAGAUGUGGGAUGAACUGGAGCCCAAAUGGCCAUCGGCCUUCUGGGACGACUGGAUGCGUCAGCCGGAACAGCGCAAGGGCCGCUCCUGCAUUCGGCCAGAAAUCUCUCGGACUAUCACCUUUGGCCGGAAAGGUGUGAGCUUAGGUCAAUUCUUUGACCAGUACCUUCGUUAUAUUAAGCUAAACACUGAAUUUGUGCCUUUUACCAAACUGGAUUUGUCUUAUUUGCUGAAAGAGAAGUAUGAGGAAAAUUUUAUUAAAGAGGUUUAUAGUGCCCCACUGGUAAAGAUUGAGGAUCUGCAACAAGGGGGCAGUUUAAGAGGACCCGGGCCGUACAGGGUGCAGUACUCCACCAGGGACAGCUUUAAAGUCUUUGCUCGAAAUCUGGGAGUAAUGGAUGACUUAAAAUCAGGAGUUCCUCGUACAGGUUAUAGAGGUGUGGUCAACUUCCUGUACCGUGGUCGAAGGGUGUUCUUAGCUCCACCAGAGGGCUGGUCGCAGUAUGACACCAGCUGGAGCUGAGAGACCCAGACGCGGUCCGAAUGGUGUUGAAGAGGGGACAGAGCCUUAAUCAGAGGAACACCCUCUCAGACCAAAGAAUACGGUGGACGCAGGAGUUCAAAGUUGAACGUGGAGCUGGAAGGCCGAGCUUCUAAAACUGACGCUCAUUGAGGAUCGGCACAUGUGGGCCACACAGACUUCAGAGCGGUCCCACUUUGGCUGAAGUCAUACCAUCCUUAAACUAAACGGCUGCUGUCGGCGUGCCUUGCUUUCUGGGCUCAUUUUGUUUGGUGUAUUUUCUCUUCUUGUGGCAAACUGGCCAAAUAUAGACUUGACAUCACUUUCACAUGUUUGCAGCAGCUACUGGUAAUCAUGUCAUUAUCAACAGUAUGAGUGAUGGUACACUGCAGUGGAGCCUGACAGGUAUUAGAUCAAUGCAAUUUUGUUUUUUUGGAGGGUUCUUAGUUUUGGCUAGUCUGUGAUCCAGAAGAGUAAGCACCACUCUGCUAGAUAAACUACGGUAACACAUUUGUAAUGACUCCCCAAGCAUUUUGCUAUGAACAUUAUCAAUUUGCACAUACUAGACAAAAAGUAAGCAGAUACUGUGAAAUCCUAGAAUCGGUCAGACUCUGCGUUGAAAGCAAGCACACUAAUCACCUUUCACACCUGGGAGAAAUGAGUGUCCUAUGUAACACCUUCUUAUCCACCUCUUGGCUUCUGUAACACUUCUAGAAGGCAUCACGCAUUAGAUUGUAUAUAAAAGAUGGACACACUGAAGCCUUGAGCUGACCAUUUUAAACAUAAGCUGAACAAAAUGAGGGGUCAGCCUGACUGUGCAGGGUUUUACGUCCACCUUCCUCCAGCUCACAGAUGUGACUACAGAGACAAAAGCAGGGAAAAAUGAUUUGUGACCAUGAACCGAUUGAAGUAAAUAAACAAAACUUCAAUUGUUUUUACUUCUUUCCCCUUGAUUUCCAGGCUGGAGAUCUUGCUGCGUAACUGAGAACCAGUGCAGGCUCAUGUGAAAAUCAAAAGGUAGCCCAACAAGUAAAGCAUGCUGUGAUUUAUCCUCCUCAGAAUCAUCAGGAAGGUUUUACUGAGUCCUUAAAUCAAGAAACAGGUUUUUCAAGUUUUUGUGCAGCUGUCCCCUGCUGCCCUUUGGAAAGAAUGCAGGCAACACGUGCAUCUUUUAUAUACAGUCUGUGGUAGUAAACAGGCCAUUUUAAGAGUUUAGGGAGAUCAAAACAGUAGCUUGGAUUGAGGACUAACUGACAACGGUGCAGUACUUGCUUUACUGUCUCUCAGUCAUGAGGCUCAACAUUUCUUACUGAUCAGUGCUACAAAUACAGAGGUGUGGAUGCCAAAUAACAAGAUUUAGUCUGAAAAAGGUCUGAAGUCUAAUAACAGUAAUAAUAGGUUUCAGAUAUAAAACAAGAGAGUACGCCUAAAUAUUGUUUCCACAAAGAAUGAAGCUUUGGUGAGAAACCGCUGUUUUAAUGAGGAGGUGACAUUGUUAGAAGCAUUUACACGGGACAAACAGCAGGUGUGUAAGUGCACGAAGUCUUCACUAUCAAACCAACAUAGGGUAACGAGACUCCUCAGAGGCCGUCAUGCUGUCGAA